AGAAAUAAAUUAUGGAUCAUCUUUUCGUCUUGUCAGAAUAAUUGUGCAGCACCUGUUUGUUCUCAGCACCCUUUAACGUUAUUCUUCACGUAUCAGUUCAGUGACUACGGGACAAAGCUGUGUAAGCUCAAAGGCGAGGAACUGGCGGCGGCCAAGGAGGGGUUCAUCGGGAUCCUGAAGCUGCUGGAGGGCGAGCUGGGAGACAAGAAGUACUUCGGCGGCGACGCCUUCGGCUUCGUCGACGUCACGCUCGUCCCCUUCGUGUCCUGGUUCUACACCUACGAGACCUGUGCCGGCUUCAGCAUGGAGGAGUUAGCGCCCAAGCUGGUGGCGUGGGGCAAGCGGUGCAUGGAGCGGGAGAGCGUGGCCAAGACACUGUCCGACCCCCAAAUGGUCUACGAGUUCGUGGACCGCCUCAAGAAGAGAAUCGGAGUCGAGUAGUCUACAAUAGUAGUAGUAGUGACUGUGUGUUGCAUGGUGUUUGCCUGCAUUGUUGCAGCUGCUUUGUGUGUCUGAUGGCAUUGCAGUUGCCCUCUCUGAACAUCGUAUCUUUCUUGGUGGUGUUAUAUGGGACAUGCAGCUUCAUCUCAUUAAAAAAUAGGCAGA